AAACUUCGGCAGAGGAGAGAGAGUGACCGAGGAAAGGAAGUCAAGUGUCAUAAGGAUAGAUUGGAAGGGCAUAUUGGGUUAUCUUCAAAGCACAUAUCUCUUGCUAUGGAAGGUGGUGCUGGUGCUGGUGCUGGUGCAACUGAAGGUGGUGAUGCCCACUUUGCCACAAUGCAGAAGGCUUCCUCUCAAAAUCAUGCCAAUCUAAAACAACAGAUGCCAAAUCAACCAGCACAGUUUCCAUCAGCAUUUGAUCAAGUACAAUCAGCACACAAGGAAGCAUAUACGGCAUACUUGCAAGCACAUACUUUGUACUUGCAAGCACAGUCCACGUACUGGCAAGCACAAUAUUUAGGAACACUGCAAUCAUCAUCAUCAUCAUCAUCACAGCUACCUCCAUCACCACCAUUGCCUCCAUUACCACCUUCAAUGUCCAUGACACCUCAAUUGUCUGGAUUUGGCCUCACAUCCUCUUCCAACCAAGGUCCACCACAACAAAUGCUGAAUUCUAAACCAUUGUUGUCAUCACAACUGUCUUCUCCAUUAUGUUCAAUGUCGAUGCCAACUCAAACUUCGGCUUCAAACCAAGUUCCAUUUUCUUUUCCUCUUCAACAGAAACUCCAACAUAAUGCAAGGAAUCUUACUGAAAAUGGUGGCAAACUUGGGUUAAACAGAAUGGCAGCAACAACCUUGCGUCCAAUGUCUACGGUGCAACCUCAGUUCUCUGGCCUCAUGACUUCAGCUUCCAAUCAAGAUCAACAGAUGCUGAAUCUACAAGCACAGUUUGUAGACUUGCAAGCACAAUUCAAGCAAUUGUCAUCACAACCACCUCCAGCACCACCACCUCCAAUGUCUAGUGUGUCAACUCAGACUUUGUCUUCUAACCAAGUUCCAUGUGCUAUCCAAUAGAAUGGCAUGCAGGAACCUUGCUGAAAGUGGUGGCAUUGGUGAUGAUGAUGAUGAUGACCUUUAAAGUACUUCUGGAUAUAUAGACAUCAUAUAUGAUUCUAGCUUUUUUGAUGAACCUCUUCUAGGUGAAGUUUUAAUCUAAUAAAAAUCUUAUCUUACUUGGAUAAGACAACCCUAUGUUGGUUCAG